AUGGAUUCUUCUCACAACUACUUCAAUUCCUCAUCGAUCAACUCCGGUAUACUUAACACGGACGCCGCUUACCCGCAAGGCGGUGGCGCUUCCUCUUCUGCCACCGCCGCCCCUAGGCGUAACUACACUGCGGGGCGGGCGGCGGUGUCGGAGUCCCGCGCCGCCCGAGGCGGGCCUUGUGGUGCAUGUAAGUUUCUAAGGAGGAAAUGUGUCCCGGAGUGCAUCUUUGCACCCUACUUCGACCCCGAUGAGGGAACCGCCCGGUUCGCCGCCAUCCACCGGGUGUUCGGGGCUAGCAACGUCUCCAAACUCCUCAUGCACAUCCCAGCAGACCGCCGCCCCGGCGCCGUGAUCUCCAUCUCGUUCGAGGCGGAGGCCAGGCAGGCGGACCCGGUUUACGGAUGUGUCUCAACAAUUCUUGCAUUGAAGCAACAGGUGUCAUCUCUUGAAGCAGAACUUGCGAUGGUGAAAACCCAGAUAGUGAUCAACAGAUUUGCAGCAGAAAAUAACCUUCAAACCCUUCAACAUCAACAACAGCAGCAGGAGCAAAAUGCAGCAAUAAUAAUGGAGCAGCCUGUAUAUUUGAAUAAUACUUUCUUUGAUCCAAACAGCCUGCUAAACUUAAGCAAUUUUACCACGAAUUACAACUAUAUAGGGGAAGCCACACCCCCUAUCUCACAGUCUUUAAGUCCCAUCUUUCAGCCUCCAAACCCAGAUCAAGAACAUACCCAUUACCCACUUCACUUCACCAAUCAAAUGUUCCCUUAA